AUGGACUAUACCCGAGUAGUGAAAGAGUACAGGCGGUGUGCCUGCGCACUCCAAUUCUUCAUGAUCGGCUGCGUUCUUGUCUAUCUGGCCCAGCGAAGCUUGGAAAUCAUCAGCUCUGCUGAAGAUCCGCCUGUGGACGUGAGUACAGAGGCCCUGAAGCACUUUGGUGAGUGGGCGGUCUGCGCACAUCCGAAUCCACCAACCUCCGGGCGAGCAAUUGACAGCAUUGGGAUCGGAAUCCCAGAGACGUACACAGGCGCUGAAGACUUGCUGUGGCUUUUGGAGCAGCAGCCGCUUAGUGCGAAGUCCACCCAGCUGGUCUCUCAGGUGAAGAGGCAAAUCAUCCCAUUCUCUGGCUUUGAGCUGAACUGCGUCGUUGUGGAUCUUUUGAAUGCAGACCUCCGGAUCCCGUCCACGGCCAGCAUUUGCACGCAGCCUCUGCCUUUCACGAUCGACUGGCUGAUGCUCAACAGCGAGACGGGCUGGCGCUACGUGACUGAGAUCCGGAGCGAUGAGUAUCCCAUGGUGCGCUAUUCGGUGGCCAAGCAUGGGUGGAGUUCUGGCUUCACCUCCCAGGCCAGUCAGAUCCUGACGACUUCCGUAACUGUCCGGGAGUCUGGUGGCGAAGCGCCUUGCAUCUGGAGGCACUUCCCAGAGACUCCAAUAUCCCCUAAUUAA